CCUAUUCAUUCCAUAUCAUGUCUAAAGACUCAGACAAAGAAUUUAACCAACACUUGAACGAAGUGAAGGACAACUUCAAAGCUCUCACCACAUCCUUACUCAGCUUGACUCUGGAAUCCUUCAAUGGGUUCAAUGAUAUCGCCAAGCAGGUGAUGGAUGAUCCUACCGCCUGGAAGAACUUUGAGGAGUGGGCUUUACGCAAAGACACUUGGGAAUUCCCCAGCAUCUACGAAAAGCGCCUGGGCGAACCAUCACCAGACCGGGAAUCUCUCCUGGGUUGUGAAGGCGGCCGUCGUCGUGGGUUUGGCUUUGGCAACUUCUCCGGGCUCGGAUUGUUCAGCUUUGGGACCCCUUCCAUCAGAAAAUACAAUGAGUGUAUUGACAAGAAGGGACAACAACUCUACGACACCCAUGGCCACUGGCGGUGUUUGUUCCCCAACGCUGAGAUCCCUAACAAGGUGUUGGCGUUGAGAGACAGCCGGUUUCCUGGAUAUCUCUUGACGAAGGAGGAAUUUCAGAAAGAAGUGGUAACCCGUGGAAUCAACCCUGAUGCCGGCCAGUACGAUUUGGGAGACCAGGGAAUGUUUUUCAGCCAAUUCGAAGACUAUAUGAACUGGAAGGCUAUCAUGCAUAGAAAUAUCAAGGAGCAAAGACGCCAAUGGAGAAACCAGCUUAGAGAAGAGAAGAAACAGUUAAGAAAGGAAAGGGAGAAGAGUCGUGAGUUGCAGCCGGUCGGUAAAGAUUCGGACUCAUCGAGGAGAGUAGUUUCUCUGAGCACCGAGACUAACUACGAGACCAACACCAAUAACGACACUGUGUUCAAAGAAACCAAGAUUCAGUAUUUUGACGAUGGUACUUCCCUAACCACCACCAUCACCAAGAGUAAACCUUUUGGGCAAGACUGGCAAACUCAACUGGUUGAUGAAGUUAAGGGGGAUGAAAAGCCCCAAGGUUGGUUCUGGAAGUGAAGCCCAACUUGGUUAUUGUAAAUAGUUUGGAUGGGAUGUUUGAUAUUCGAUAUAUCUGUGAAUAGUUUUAUGACAUGUUGUGCUAAUAAUU